AUGCACUCUCUAGUGGCUUUCCCACUACGAGGCUCGUCUUGUCGCUGCCUGCUCUGUCCAGCUGAGCAAUCAGCGUCUUUUAUUUAUUUAUUUAUUUUUUUUUUUGGACGUCCCACCGCAGCGCGCGCUCCACCAGCAGCUGUCCCCCCCAUCAUGACCCCCUCCUCCUCCUCCCGUGAUUCUGCUGAAAUUCUCUAAAUGGGAUGCGUGCGUGGCCGGCCCGAGGUUUCCACAGCAACUGGCCGUCGGCUUGCUUUAUGAGGACAGCCUGACGCGUCUGACCGGGUUCCUCUCUGCGCGCCUCGGAUCUUUGAGCUGAAGCACAAGACGCGUCAAAGGUCCAUACAUGGGGGCGGGCAAGAGCAAGCCCAAGGAGCCAGGCCAGCGCUCCAUGAGCCUGGAUGGCACCAUUGGCACAGGCUCAGAUAGCGGACACUUCCCCCACCUGGGCCCCGCUCAGCAGACCCAAACCCCCAACCGAAGCCCCGCCGUUGGAACGGGCAGGCGGGGACACCAAGGGCAGCACCAGCUCGCCCCAACGAAUACACCCGAACUGGCUCUUUUCGGAGGGGUGGACCACACGGGAAUGGUCACAUCACCCCAGAGAGGACCGCUGUCAGUAGGUGUCACUACAUUUGUGGCGCUGUAUGACUAUGAGUCACGGACGGCAUCUGAUCUGACCUUCAGGAAAGGUGACCGGCUGCAGAUCGUGAACAACACGAAAAAGUACAGCUUCAGAGAGGGGGACUGGUGGCUCGCUCGCUCACUAACAACAGGAGAAAGUGGUUACAUCCCCAGCAACUAUGUGGCUCCGUCAGACUCCAUCCAAGCAGAAGAGUGGUAUUUUGGGAAGAUCACCCGUCGUGACUCGGAGAGGCUCCUUCUGAAUCUGCAGAACAGACGAGGAACCUUCCUGGUGAGGGAGAGCGAGACCACUAAAGGGGCAUACUGCCUGUCAGUGUUGGAUUAUGACAACACCAAAGGCCUCAACGUUAAACAUUACAAAAUCAGGAAGCUGGAUAGUGGGGGUUUCUACAUCACCUCCCGCACCCAGUUCACCAGCCUACAACAACUCGUCUUCCACUACCGCAAGCACUCUGAUGGGCUGUGCCACGCACUAACAGAUGUGUGUCCAGUGGCCAAACCUCAGACUCAGGGUCUGGCCAGAGACGCUUGGGAGAUUCCUCGAGAAUCCCUUCGCUUGGAUGUGAAACUUGGACAAGGCUGCUUUGGAGAAGUGUGGAUGGGCACAUGGAACGGUACGACACGAGUAGCCAUCAAAACCCUAAAGCCUGGCACCAUGUCUCCAGAGGCCUUUCUUCAGGAAGCACAGGUCAUGAAAAAACUGAGGCAUGAGAAGUUGGUCCAGUUGUACGCUGUUGUGUCUGAGGAGCCCAUCUACAUUGUGACUGAAUACAUGAGCCAAGGUAGUUUACUGGACUUCCUUAAAGGAGAGGCAGGAAAGAUGCUUCGUCUGCCGCAGCUGGUCGACAUGGCUGCUCAGAUUGCAGCAGGGAUGGCCUACGUGGAGAGGAUGAACUACGUCCACAGGGACCUGCGUGCCGCCAACAUCCUGGUGGGAGACAACCUGGUGUGUAAGGUGGCCGACUUCGGUCUGGCAAGACUGAUCGAGGACAACGAAUACACUGCAAGACAGGGAGCAAAGUUCCCAAUCAAAUGGACGGCACCAGAAGCAGCACUGUACGGUCGUUUCACCAUCAAAUCAGAUGUCUGGUCGUUUGGUGUGCUCCUUACUGAGCUUGCAACUAAAGGAAGAGUCCCCUAUCCAGGUAUGGUCAACCGCGAGGUGCUCGACCAGGUGGAGCGRGGCUACAGGAUGCCCUGCCCGGCAGAGUGCCCCACUUCCUUGCACGAGCUCAUGCUUUCCUGCUGGAGGAAGGAUCCAGAGGAGAGGCCUACGUUUGAGUAUCUGCAGGGCUUCCUAGAGGACUACUUCACCUCCACGGAACCUCAGUAUCAGCCCGGGGAGAACCUAUAGAACUGCGCGCCGAACCAAACCCGAACGGAAAGUGGGGGGGGGGGGCCUCAGCACUGAAUGAUCUGCACUAACCGACCUCAGAUGGAGGAUCUGAGCCUGUGAAACUUAACUCUGUGAGGAACUUCUUUAGUGGAAGCAAAACCGAGACGGAAACCUGCAGACCUCCUCCCGUGCGCCGGAAGAGAACUGCGAGGGAAGAACAUGGACAACACUCCUUCUGCAAGUACUCAAACGUUUACCUAAGAUCUCCUCCACAAAAGAGGUUCACAACUGUAAAAGGAGAACUGGUACUGGAAAUGCUUCGGCUCAAACUGGACUGAGUGACAAAAAUCGCAGGUAGAUGUUUUUUUUAAKUGAUGUGGGAAGAAUCAAAUCAGGAUGUACAGAGUGAGGGCUUAAAAUAAACUCUCAUGUAGGGGAGAAAAGGGUUAGGGAAGGUAGUUUAGUUGCUCAUGAACUGUAUUUAGUGUGGUCUUUUUUUCUUUUUUCCCCCUCUCCUCUGUUGCAUCUCUCUCCGCUCGUCUYGUGUCUUUUCCACCCACAGAAGAGCACUGCCACUGUGGCUCAGGUGCCAAAAGAAAAUGUUUCUCCCUUCAUCAUUUCUGUUUUUCCUCCCUUUUUUGAUUUUUUUUUCAACUUUCAGUAUCUUUCUCCAUUUUUUUUCAAGUGCUGCUUCUUCAAAGUGUGUCCAAAAAUCACUGCUCUGGAUCUACUUUGCAUCUUCAUGUUUACUUGGUUUAUUUCGUUCAGGGGCAGACAAAGUUUUUGCCCUUUUUUUUCUUAAAAUUUGUUUGUAUUUUCAGUACGCGGGGUUGCAAAAGUCACGAUCACUGCAGUGCCGAGAUAUUGUAUUAAAUAGGCACGUUUCAAGAUGCUAAAAAUGAGGUAAUUUCAACAAACYUUUGAGGCCUUUUSUCUUUUGUUGAAGCGUGUUGGAACAAAUGAUUUUGCAGGUAGUAUCUGAAUGCUGGUUGUUUUUUGAUUGGUUUAUAUAUUAGAAUUGCAUUGAAAUGAUCAGCACUGAUGCAAUUGCUCUAAAGGGCAGUUUUGAUACCUAAAUUGAGUCAUUUCCAGUAAACCUCUACCCAUAUGCGGCGUAGGCUGGUACGGCUGCCGAGUCCAUCACAUUAGCGGUGAAAAUCUCUUCUGUGCCAAACACUGUUCAUAUCUUUUCUUCUGGCCAUGUAUAUACUGAUUUCCUCUCAUCACUCGAAUCUGUCCCAUUAAACUGCAGGUWAGAGAUGAAAACAUUACAGUUUGUAAGUCAUAAUGCAUAUAAAGUAUGCAAAAAGGCAGCCCUUUUGAAAAUGUAAACCUCUAAUCAGGUAACCCUAAUAAAACUGUGUUUGAUUUAAUUAUUAUGAGUUGAUUUUGAAGCUGAUUAGCAUGCUUUUUUGUGCCGUUCUUCUGUUGACCUUUGACUGGAUUUUAAUGAUGCUGUGUUGUUGGUCAAUAUGUGUGUGUUUACUCCUGGUCGAGGCGAGGCACGGGGAUCAUAUACGGACUUCUGGACAUUAGUGCCACCACAUUCAAGUUAUUUUCUUCUUCCUCCUCAGUGUCCUACUGUACAUACUGUAGCUUGUUUUUUUUUGUUUGUUUGUUUUAAAUACCAGGUUUGCCACAUUUUAAAAAAGCAGGUAUGUAUGUUGGGUUUCGCACAUUUCUCAGUGGUUUGGUUCAUCGUGUAGUCGUUACGGGACGUUUUUAAAGUCCUGUAACUUUAUCAGAAUAUGAGCCACGCAGCAAUAAGAGGUGACAGUCCUUUAUGACCACCAACAGCGCAAAAUUCUCCCAAAGGUGGAGCGCUGUAUUAACAUGGCAGAUUGUGAAACCGCAGUGAAGACGCUUGGGUGGUGGUGUUACUGUGUGACAUGAAUAAUGAGGUCAAAGAUGUAAAUAGUACCUUGAACGAAUGACUGUGAUGAUCAUGUAAUUAUGUUUUUGUACAGUUUCUGUUUCAUCGCGCCUCCGUUUCGAGGCUUUUACCGUGACGCACGUCUGUUUCCUCUUUUAAUUUGAUGGAGUUGAUUCUGUAAACAGGGCUGAAAAAGUGCUUUCUUUUUUUUACUAUAUAAAAUUGCAUUUGAAACCUAUAUCUGCAACAGACAAUUCAGAAUUGGGCUUGAGAUAACUAUAUAUAUAUAAAUAUCUGUGUAAGAACAUUAUUGUCAUCUGUAUGUUUCCUUUUUUAGAACGGAAAUUACCCUGUUUGUGUGGACACUGAGCCACCUGUAAGUCACUGGGAAAUUCUGGCAGUCAGCAGGCUUGUGACAAGCAUGAGUCAUUCUGAGGUCCGUUUGGUUUUAUGUGCCAUAUUAAGGAAGUGUAUUAUUAUUAUUAUUGUUAUUAUUAUUAUUAUUAUUAUUAUUAUUAUUAAUUUCUUUAUAAAUCUAUGCAGUCUCAGUCUUGCAUUCCUGCAAUGUUAUGGCCAUUUUGUUCUAAAGUCAAAAGCGAGGAUCAUAAACAGAAGGCGUGAGCAUUUUGUAAGGACUUCUUUCAUCUUUUUAUUUUUGUUAAUAUGGAACAGGAUUGAAAUUGGUAUUGUGCCACUUUCUGUUGAUCUUUAAAUGUGCAAUAAAUUAUAUUUUAAAUGUGUUUUUAA